AUGUUUUGUGUGACGCUGCUGAAGGCCUCAGAAGUCGAGGAGAUCUUUGACGGACAUGAUGAGAAGUACAGGCCGUGGUCAAUCAUUACUGAACCUCCAGCAUAUCUCAGGGAGCAGAAAGCCAAGAGAAACAGUCAAUGGGUUCCAACUCUCCCCAACAGCUCCCAUCACCUGGACGCUGUUCCUUGCUCCACCACCAUCAACCGAAACCGAAUGGGACGUGACAAGAAAAGGACCUUCCCCCUCUGCUUUGAUGAUCAUGACCCUGCCGUCAUCCAUGAAAACGCCUCUCAGCAGGAAGUCCUGGUGCCCAUUCGGCUGGAUAUGGAAAUCGACGGACAGAAGCUGCGGGACGCUUUUACAUGGAACAUGAAUGAGAAACUGAUGACUCCAGAGAUGUUUGCUGAAAUCCUGUGUGAUGAUCUGGACCUAAGCCCGCUGACCUUUGUUCCAGCCAUCGCCUCGGCCAUCAGACAGCAGAUCGAGUCCUAUCCCACAGACAGUAUCCUGGACGAGCAGAUGGACCAGAGAGUCAUCAUUAAAUUGAACAUCCACGUGGGGAACAUCUCUCUGGUGGACCAGUUUGAAUGGGACAUGUCUGAGAAGGAGAACUCGCCAGAGAAGUUUGCCCUGAAGCUGUGCUCUGAGCUGGGUCUGGGAGGAGAGUUCGUCACCACCAUCGCAUACAGCAUACGCGGGCAGCUCAGCUGGCACCAGAGGACCUACGCCUUCAGUGAGAAUCCUCUGCCCACGGUAGAGAUCGCCAUCCGAAACACAGGAGAUGCAGACCAGUGGUGUCCACUGCUGGAGACACUGACAGACGCCGAGAUGGAGAAGAAGAUCAGGGACCAGGACAGAAACACAAGGCGAAUGAGGCGACUUGCAAACACAGCCCCAGCAUGGUGAAUCUCUCUCCCACCACUAUUUAAAUCAGAAGAAAAUCCAAAAGAGCUCUGACUCAGCAUUACUGACAUGAAGAUAUAAAGACAUUCCAUCGGCCAGUCCAGAUCAGAGAGAUCAGAGUAAACCUAAAGCAUCAAAGCCUGCAUCCUUCAUACCCCUAAUCUGUUUGCUUGGAAACAGACAGUCUUGAAACGUUGAGAAUAUUUUAUGGUAUCUUUAUUUGUCUUGUUUUGUGUUUGUGUAUAGAUGCCAUUUUGUAAACAUAAUGUGCUUUUAAAUAAAAUGAAGAAAAUAAUAA